AUGACCGUCGAAGAUGCCUUGACGUCCGCCCCGCCAAAUGAGCGCCUUUUCCACCCAGACGCCUCAAUCGUCCUGGUGGGAUGUCGAGGCGCCGGCAAACGCUCCCUUGGCUUCAUCGGUGCCCUCCAUCUGCGCCGCCGUCUGAUCACUGAGGACUUCUACUUCCAGCAGGUCACCGGGCUCAGCCGCAUGCAGUUUCUCGGCCAAAAGGGCAAGGACGAAUUCAACCGGCGCAACGAUGAGGUCUUCAAGCGCAUGCUCGACGAGCAUCGCCACAAGUCUAUCAUCGAGUGUGGCAUGAGCAGUUUUUCUGACGAGGCACAGAGCGCUCUGCGCCUAUUCUCCCAAUCAAACCCUGUCAUCUACAUCCACCGGGAGAAGGAAGAGAUGCUCCGCCUCCUGGACUCGGCGGACGGAGAACGUAUCCUGCGUGCCGAUCAGAGGCACAGGACUUGCGCGAACCUCGAGUACUUCAACCUGUAUGACCACUGCAACUCGAAGCCUUCCGUUGCCAGCGACGCCUCGUCAGGCGGAUGGGACAUGCAGAUGGCCACUCCUUCCAGCCUGCUUUAUGCCAAGCAGGACUUUACCCGCUUUAUUGACUUCGUCACCGGUCAGGGCCUCACGAGGCUCUUCCUCGAGAGCCCAUUCGCUGUCAGGGCAAUCCCGCCCGAGUUCAGACAGUACUCGUACGCUCUGCGCCUGCGGCUGUCCUACCUCGUCAACAUGGACCUCGAAUGGGAGGACCUCGAGGCCCGGGGCGACUGCGUGGAACUAGUCAUCGACCACUGGCCAGACGACAUGAUGAACCAGAUCGCCCGGAUUGUAGCUCAGAUCCGGAGGAAAUUGGUUGUCCCAAUAAUCUACCACGUCGAGGAAAACCCGAGGGAGGAGCGGCGCAGGGCCCCGCAAGAGAAGGUCAAGAUGGACAUGGAGCUCCUGGAGCUGGGUCUCCAGCUCGGUGUUGAUUACCUGAGCCUGGACCUGCAGAGGAAAGACAUUCCGCUGCGAAAGAUCCUCGCCCGUCGAGGUCGGUCGAAGAUCAUGGGUAACUACUGGAACGUUGGCUUGAUGUGCACGCCCUGGUCAAGUGAUUCUCACGUGCGGGACUUCCAACAGGCCAAGGACCUCGGUUGCGACCUCGUGCGCAUGGUCCGCUUUUGCUCCGGCGACAGCUCGCCUGAGAUGCUUCAGGAAUUCCGGGAGAAGAUUGCCACCACUGUCCCGGAUCCGAAACCACCGCUGGUAGCGUACGACUUCUCGGUCCUCGGUAUCAGAACGCCCCUUCAGUCAAGGAUUUUGACCCCAGUGAAGCACCCCGAUAUGGAGAAUGAUCGAGAGCACCUCGCUACGGUCUGUACCGCCUGCAACUCCUUCGAGGGGCUUUUCCGCCAAUCUGAGUUGGACCCCUUGCAGUUCUACACUGUAGGCGCAAAUGUGUCGUACUCUCUUUCUCCAUGCAUGCACAACACGGCGUACGAGUUUUCCGGCAUGCCACACAACUUCUCAGCAGAAACAUGCUCUACCAUGGAAGACCUUAACAAAAUAUGCAGCGAUGCAUCCUUUGGGGGAGCCUCGUUGGCAGCACCUUUCAAGGUCGCCAUUGUGCCUCACCUGAAACUAAAGAGCCAUCAUGCCACCGUCAUCGGUGCCGUCAAUGUGCUGCUACCACUACGCGGCAAGACAAACUUCAUCUUGGACCACGCAAACUCGCGGAACAAGUCGGGUCUUACCAACGAGUUUUAUGGUGACAACACCGACUGGCAGUCCAUACUCACCUGCCUCCAGAGGAACAUCAGCCCUCGGAAUUACGUGCGGCCCUCCAAGACGACAGGGCUGAUUAUUGGUGCAGGAGGCCAGGCGCGAGCCGCCAUCUAUGCUAUGAUCCAGCUGGGAUGUCGGAAUAUAUUCAUAUUCAAUCGGACAGUCCAGAACGCACAGGUCAUCGCCGACCACUUCAACCUCUGGGCUCAGAAGCAGGGCAUGGCUCCUGGGAAGGGAGGCAUCUCCCAAGUCUGUCAUGUCCUACCGUCCAUCGCUGUUCCGUGGCCGGAGGGUUAUGAGCAACCGACAAUGAUUGUGUCCUGCGUGCCAGCCACAAGCGUUCAUGGAAGCCUGCCGGCGGACUUCGAGAUGCCUAUGCAGUGGCUCGCAAGCCCUACUGGAGGCGUGGUGUUGGAGCUGGCUUAUGAACCCCUCAUCACACCACUCGUGGCCCAAAUGCAAGUGUACAGAGACACUGUCAGUCCCUCGUGGGUAGUGGUCGACGGGCUUGAGAACGUGAGCGAGAUGGCCAUUGUAGCCUUCGAGCUGAUGACAGGGCGGCUGGCGCCCAAGAGACUUAUGAAGGAGGUGUGCCGGAAGACCUGGGAGCAGCAAAAGAGAGAGAUGUCGUCAAUGUCCUGA